AUGGCUAACUUUUACUUGUUUCAGGAUCACUGCUCAUCAAGAAGUUUCACGGAGUACAUUGACGGAGCUACAACUACAUGUGGAAAGUGGCAUCCAGGUGAAUCACAGAGACCUGAAAUUGAUGAUGCCCCCAUUUUCACUCCAACUGAAGAGGAAUUUAAGGAUGCAAUCGGAUACAUUGCUAGCAUUCGUCCGCAAGCAGAAAGAUAUGGAAUUUGUCGUAUUAUUCCACCAUCUUCUUGGAAACCUCCGUGUCCUCUGAAGGAGAAGAGUUUCUGGAAAUGUACAGAGUUCAAUACUAGAGUUCAACAAGUUGACAAGCUUCAAAACAGGGUGACCACAAAGAAAAGAACACAACCUCGAGUUCAGAGGAAAAGAAAGAGAAGAAAGAGACUGAGGUUUGGGAUGGCACACAGAUGUCCUAGUUCAAGUGCGGACUCCGAAGAGAAAUUUGGCUUUCAAUCUGGGUCUGAUUUCACAUUAGAGGAGUUUCAGAAAUAUGCUGAUGAGUUCAAGCAGGAAUAUUUCGGAAUGAAAGGGAGUGAUGAAAUUUAUAUUUCUGAAAUUAAGAACCACAUGAAAAUAUGGGAACCAUCAGUGGAGGAAAUCGAGGGAGAAUAUUGGCGGAUAGUCGUAGGCCCUAGUGAUGAAGUUGAGGUGGAUUAUGGUGCUGAUUUGGACACUGCAACCUUUGGCAGUGGUUUUGUUAAAUUGUCUUCUUCAGAUGGAAAUAAGCAAGAUCCAUAUGGUGUGUCUUGUUGGAACUUGAAUAAUCUGCCACGGCUGCCUGGCUCUGUUAUCUCAUUUGAAGAUGAGGAUAUAUCUGGUGUUGUUGUCCCAUGGCUUUAUGUAGGAAUGUGCUUCUCUUCAUUUUGCUGGCAUGUGGAAGACCAUUUUCUUUAUUCUCUGAAUUACAUGCAUUUUGGUGAACCAAAAGUUUGGUAUGGUGUCCCCGGUGAUCGCUAUGUAGUGACUUACUGCCAGGUUACACAGUUAUCUCCAUCUGUUUUAAAAUCAGAAGGAGUUUCUGUUUACCAUGCUGUUCAGAAGUCAGGUGAGUUCGUUCUGACACUACCACGAGCAUACCAUUCUGGAUUCAACUGUGGUUUCAACUGUGCGGAGGCAGUAAAUGUCGCUCCUGUGGAUUGGCUGCCUCAUGGAAAGUGUGCUGUUGAGCUCUAUAGAGAUCAGCAUCGCAAGACAUCAAUAUCACAUGACAAGUUAUUACUGAAGGCUGCAAAAGAAGCUAUCAGACAACUUUGGAUGAACCUUUUGAAUUGCAAAAGUGGUAAAGGAGAAUACAGAUGGCUGAACACAUGUGGAAAGAAUGGAGUCCUGACAAGUGCAAUUAAGACAAGAGUUAAGAUGGAGGGUGCUGCAUGGGAGGCGAAUGUUCCUUUGAAAAGUAAGAAGAUGGACAAGGAUUACGAUUCCAAUGACCGAGAGUGCUUUUCAUGCUUUUAUGAUCUGCACUUGUCUUCUGUCAGUUGCCAGUGCACACCUAACCGCUUUGCUUGCUUAAACCAUAUGAAUCUUCUUUGUUCAUGCGGAAUGGACAGGAAAAUUACAUUGUUUCGAUAUAGCAUGGAGGAGCUUAAUACUCUUGUAGCAGCUCUGGAGGGUGAUCCGGCUGCAGUUUGUUGCUGGGGACAGGACCACCUAGGCUUAGUUUGCCAAUCUGGUUCUCUGAAGCACAGGAAGAUGGACUCAUGUAAAAGCACAGAAUUUUCAGGAUUAGCGAUUGAUGCCAAUCUUGUUUCUGGAUUUGGUGGCAAUCAAAAUCACUGCCAUGACCUUCAAAAGCCAGCAGGAUUCCAGCAAGAAAAAGGAAUCCAGAAUAAUUGUCUUAAUCUCAACAUGGAGGAUCCACCAUGCAGUUCCAGAAUAAAAGAAGAGCAUGGCAAGGAUAGGAUGGUUCUUGAUCAUAGGCCUCUACAGAAAACUGACAGUCCAUUUAGAAUGACCUCUGAGUGCAGUUCUUCAUUGUCUUUAAAUUGUUCAGCCAACUUACUCUUUCCCUCAAGAAAUCAAGCUAGCAAUUCUGACCUAACUUCCAAGACUACUAAGGAACUAUUUGGUGUUGACAUUGGAAAUUUGGCAAAGCAUUCUGAUGGUCAAGUUGGUCAAAUGGUAAUGGCUUCAGGGCGAUCUGAUGCAGCAUCUAGGCCAACAUCAAGGCACCAGGUUGAGCCACUAGACUAUGGAAUGGUAAUGAUUGGCAAAAGGUGGUUCAAUAAUCAAGCUAUUUUUCCUAAAGAAGUCCUGGAUUCUGGACCUCUUGGACCAUUGUUUAAGGUGACCUUAGAGCAGGUUCCUGAUGUCUCUUUCACUCACACCUCACCAAUGAGUUGUUGGGAUAUUGUUAGAGACAAGGUCAAUGAACAAAUAGAAAACCUACAAAGAAUUGGAAAAUGUGGCGUUCCUAAUUUUUUACCACCUGAUUCUGUAAAUGGGCUUGAAAUGUUUGGGUUCUUGUCCCCACAAAUCAUUCAGGAAAUCGAGGCUCUAGAUCCCCAUCACCAGUGUUUAGACUACUGGUUAUCAAAGGCUGCUUCUCCAGCGAAAGAACUCCCUUCAGAUUCCACGAAGUCAGCAGUGCUUAAAUGCUCCAGUAAUUCCCAUGUAAGAUUACUUGGAGUUGAGAUCGCAAAGGAGUCUGAAAAAUCGAGUCUGCAGUAG